UGAAAUGUUGUGUGUAGGAUUUUAUCAGCAGAGGCCAUAAUUCAUAAAGGAACCAACAUCGAAUCAGCAGAAGCCAUAAAGUUACCAACAUUGAUCGAGCCCGUGUGUUCGGUUGGAAUUGGCGAGUCAUAUAUGCGCUCUUGUGAAUCGUUGGCCAACAUAAAUCCUUCAAAUUGACACCCACCCAUCCGAACGAGAGGGCUUGAGAGCGCCAGGCCACCAACCCUGACCGGCCGUAAGACCAACCAAAGCAAUCUCUGUGCUCGUGCUCGUGCUCGUCCUCGUCCCUCCGUCGCCAUCCUCUGCUACCAUUAGACCCAUCUUUAGAGACGUUUUAAUCUCACAGCUCGGCUAAAAUGCGCGUGGUCCGGUCCCUUCUCUUUCGUCUAUCGUCCUUGCAACUUUCCACAUAUUGAUUUUCUUUAGGUUUCUUUGGUGCAUUUUCGAUUUGGGCAUUCAUGGGGACUAGGGUCUGGGAAGCUGGGAUCUUGAUGUUGGUGGUCUUGGGGAGGUUAACAUGUGACGUUUUUGGGUCGGAACCAGUUAGGGAUUCGGUUUGCCCGGUGGAGUCGCUCAUGGAUUCAAUGUUGGGCCAUCGAGAGGGAUACUGCUACCUAAACGGUGGUGCUGAUUUCGCCCAUAUCACUGGUGUUAUUGAGGGCGAUGAAGUUUUACUGCAAAAGGCACUAAAUAUGGUCCACAAGCACAGACAUGAAUACAUAGCUCUGCUGUUCUAUGCUUCUUGGUGUCCUUUUUCGAAGACCUUUAGGCCAAGCUUGUCUAUCCUUUCAUCUUUGUACCCAUCAAUUCCCCAUUUUACAGUUGAAGAAUCAGCUGUCAGACCAAGCAUACUGUCAAAGUAUGGAGUUCAUGGGUUUCCUACUCUUUUUCUUUUGAACUCCACAAUGCGUGUGCGCUAUCAUGGCCCCCGGACUCUUGGUUCUCUUAUUGCUUUCUACAGUGAUGUUACUGGUGUUGAGCCCCUAUCCCUGGAUAGCAUAUCCCUUGAUAAAAUUGGACAAGCAUCAAAUCAGGAGAAGCAUGAUAAUGUUGAGGUCGAAAGCUGCCCCUUUUUUUGGGCAAGAUCUCCAGUGAAUUUGCUUAGGCAGGAGGCCUAUUUGGUGUUGGCCACGGCUUUUGUGGUUCUUAGAUUGCUUUACCUAGUCUCUCCUAGGCUCCUGUUAUUUGCCCAAUUUGUUUGGAGACGGAGCAUUCAAUUUGAGAGACUGGAGAGCUUGUUGGAGCAUUCACUGGCUUAUCUGAAUAGAGCAAAACAAUUGUUGAAUUACGCAAAGGAGCCAUGCAAGCUAAGGAACUUUCAGGGUGGAGCAAUGAAUGCUAGAGUAUGGGCGUCAAAAUCACUUGCAACAGUCUCUAUUGGGGAUGCAAGCGCUGGUAGGUCUGGACCGGUAGGUGAAUGUUCUUGACAACCUUUCUGGAAUUGGGAACAAAUUAUUUAGAUGUUCCUUUGAAAGGUUUUGAAGCAUAUUUUCUUUCCAAUGUAGUUUUGCUUUCAGAAUCAUCUGAUCUGAGGUAUAACAUGAAAUUCCAUUCUAUGUAGCAAAGUGAAAAAUGUUACUUUGUUCUGAACUGUAGUAAUUCAUUUCCUUCUUGAUCAUAUGUUGGAGAAAGCAAAAAAAUUAUUGGCCCCUGAAUACAUACCUGGACUGUACUUUGUGAAUGCAUAAAUGGACUCGAUUUGAAUUUGUUCAA